CACGUGGUGUCGCCGCCGCCGCCUCCGCAGUCGCUGCGCUGAACGCCGCAAAGCCGGGACCGUCGCUCCUGGUGCAGACAGACCCAAACAAAGCCUCCAGGGCGAUGAAGCCGGGCUCCCUCUGAAGGUGCUGCCGCUGCCCGCUUUGCCUCCCGCAGCCAUGGAUAUUGCUGAAGUGAUUGUUAGCAGCUGCAGUUCUCAUGAUGAUGAAAACGUUUACAGUUACAAGCAGCGGUCUUCAAUAUGUCAGGAAUUGCUCCUAGAAGAUCAGCUCAGAAGGAAACUUAAAUUUUUCUUUAUGAACCCCUGUGAAAAAUUCUGGGCUCGAGGGAGGAAGCCUUGGAAGCUUGGCAUCCAGCUUCUGAAAAUUGCAAUGGUUACUAUCCAGCUAGUAGUCUUUGGAUUAAGUAAUCAGAUGGUAGUUGCAUUUAAAGAAGAAAACACCGUGGCUUUUAAACAUCUCUUCCUGAAAGGCUAUACAGACAGACUGGAUGACACCUAUGCAGUAUAUACACAAAUGGACGUGUAUGACCAAAUCUCCUUUGCAAUAAACCAGUAUUUACAGCUUCGCAACAUUUCUGUUGGAAACCAUGCCUAUGAAAAGAAAGGAGCUGAAGAGACACCUAUGGCCAUAUGUCAGUACUUCUACAAGCAAGGCACCAUCUGCCCUGGAAAUGACACCUUUGAUAUUGACCCAGAAAUUGAAACAGAAUGUGUUUAUGUGGAGCCAAUGCUGCCUUUGUUAAACAGAACACUACAGAAGAACUAUCUCAACUUCACUCUUGAUUUCCAUAGACUUGUGACUCUUGAGCUCACAUUCAAACUGAAGGCUAUCAAUCUCCAGACGGUUCGUCACCAUGAACUCCCAGAUUGCUAUGAUUUCACUCUGACAAUAGUCUUUGACAAUAAAGCACAUAGUGGAAGAAUUAAAAUAAGCCUGGAUAAUGAUAUUGCCAUCAAUGAGUGUAAAGAUUGGCAUGUUUCUGGAUCAAUACAGAAGAAUACCCACUAUAUGAUGAUCUUUGAUGCCUUUGUCAUACUGACAUGUCUUACAUCACUGAUUCUGUGCACACGCUCUGUGAUUAGAGGAAUUCGUCUGCAGAGGGAGUUUGUGAUUUUUUUCCAACAUCAUUAUAAGAAAGAAGUAUCCUUCAAUGAUAUGAUGGAAUUUGUCAAUGGAUGGUAUAUCAUGAUCAUAGUCAGCGAUGUUCUGACCAUAAUUGGUUCUACACUAAAGAUGGAAAUCCAAGCCAAGAGUCUAACAAGCUACGAUGUCUGUAGUAUCCUGUUAGGAACCUCCACCAUGCUUGUGUGGUUGGGAGUGAUCCGCUAUCUUGGCUUCUUUCAGAAAUACAAUUUGCUUAUAUUGACACUACGUGCAGCCUUGCCUAAUGUCAUUCGAUUUUGCUGUUGUGCUGCUAUGAUUUAUCUGGGCUAUUGUUUCUGUGGCUGGAUUGUGCUGGGCCCAUAUCACGUUAAGUUCCGCUCCUUGAACAUGGUUUCUGAAUGUCUCUUCUCUCUGAUAAAUGGAGACGACAUGUUUGCCACUUUUGCAAAGAUGCAACAGAAAAGCUAUUUGGUUUGGCUCUUCAGUCGGAUCUACCUCUACUCUUUCAUUAGUUUGUUCAUCUACAUGGUUCUAAGUCUCUUCAUUGCCCUCAUUACAGACACAUACGAAACAGUUAAGCAUUACCAACAAGAAGGUUUUCCAGAGACAGAACUUCAUAGCUUCAUAUCACAGUGCAAAGAUUUACCAAAUUCAGGAAGGUACAGACUGGAAGAUGAAGGGCCCAUAUCCAUCUUUUGCUGUUGUAAAAGGUCUUAAGGAAAAUGGCAAGAAUUCUUGGAUUUAUUUGGUGACUCCUGAAUGGCCUACUUCUCACAGAUCCUUCACUACAUAGCAAUCAAUGAGGAAAUUCUUACACAUGAGGCAUAACACCCUGAAGUUCUUUUGCAGCUAUCAACUUCAAUGUCUUCUGCAAACUCUUCUAAGUUGAAUUGGAGUUACCAGAUAACGCACACAACAAUUGUUGCAAAAAACAAAGCAAAAUAGCCAGCACUAGUGACAUUGUUUCAUAUCAGCCUCUUCCUAUCAUAACCCUAAAGGCACAAUUGUGAAUGACUGUGUACUUCACACUGCUUUUUUCCAGUUCCAAAAGUGUUUGCCUCCUUCUAAUUCUCAUGUACCUACAUUACUUGAAGAGAAGAGGUAAGCAGAAGAGAAGAUGGAUCUGGAUCUACUGGAAGAUAACUGUGUGACUUGAAACAGAUCAGAAGAAUUUCUGACUCCUGCUUGUUGAAUAUUGGCAUCGACAAAAUGGCUCCCCCUCCCAGUCACACUUCUGAAAUGAAGAAGAUGGUUGGCAGACAUGAGGAGGAGUAAACUUUUGGAUGGAAGGAUUGUGUAUGCCUUUUCAACCAUGCUCUAGCUCAGGGCCAGGAAGUGUUUAGCCCUCCAGAUAUUGCUGAUCUGUGCCUCCCAGGACACUUCACCAUUUGCAAUGUUAGUUAUAGCGUCUGGAAGUUAUAGUUCGACAAGAUCUGUAGGGGUAGUUGAGAGAUCUCAGGGUUCUAGUAAAAAGACAGGUGGAUUAUGCCUUUGUUGCUGUAAAGAUAAUGGUCUAGUUUGCUUGUUUUCUCCGCAUUAGAAAUGACAGAGAUAUGAUCAGUACUCCAUGUUUGCAGGGGUUAGGGGCACAGGACCCUAUGAAAAUGAAAAAUCAUGAAUAAAGAGAUUGCUAUUUUUUGAAUUGGGAAAACACCUCCAGGAAAUUCUAAGUCCCCAUCUACAAUGAAUAUUUAAUGCAGUUUUAAACCAGUAUUUUAAAAAGUGAUUUCGCUGUGCAGAUGAUUAUAUAGAAAUUCCUGGAACCAGUUUGAGGCCCGGAUAGUGAUGAUGCAAACCACAGAGCACAGAUGUGUAUUAAGGGCUUUCUUUCAUGUUCUUUUGUGUGAGUUUGUUGUCUGGCUGCUGCAGUUUGUAGCUAGCUUUGAACUGCAUUAAAUAGUUAGUGUAGAUGGGGCUGAAGUCUUCCAGCAUGACUAUGGUUGAAUUCGGCUAGUAGCUGACCAUAGAAUCAUCCUGGAGGACCUGGAAUCCAAGAGAGGUGUUCUCUCUAGAAAUCUCUAGGUCGUCCAGCAUGACCAGAGCAAGUUGUUGUUGUUGUUGUUGUUGUUAUAUUUAUACCCUGUUUUAUCUCCCCAAAGGGGAUUCAAAGCAGCUUGACAUAAAAGCAUUGGUAUCCAAUUUAAAAUAUACAAAUAUGCAACCAUUAAAACAGAAUUAAACACAAACGGCAAUAAGAAAUUCAGUUAAAAUCCAUCAAAACAUAUUAAAAUUUAAAAACCAUAGCAUCCCCUGACAAGAUGUUAAACACGUUCGUCUUUAAACACCUGUCUUUUAAAAAAAAGGUUUUAGCCUGCUGCUGGAAGAACAGCAGGGAAGGGGCCAUUCUGGCUUCCCUGGGCAGAGAGUUCCAGAGUUGAGGGGCGGCCACCAAGAAGGCCUUCUUGUUCCCACCAACCAGGCUUGAGAUGGGGGUGGGACUGAGAGAAGGGCCUCUCCUGAAGGUCUCAAGGCCCAGGCAGAUUCGUACAAGGGGAUGUGGUUGUUCAAAUAGCCUGGAUCUGGACAGUGGUUCCCGACCUGUGGUCCGUGGACCACAUGUGGUCCGCAAGAACUAAAAUAUGGUCCGCAGCCUCACCGUUACUACUAUGGAUAAUAACAGCCCAACCAAAAAAAUUUUUUCUUGGUGUCUUUGUUUUUUAGGCCUGUUCCUGGAGUGAUUUGGAGUGCUGAUUCAGAAAAUUGCACUGGAUAGACCACAUCAGUUCUAGAUUACUAAAUAUGGUUUUCUGUGGGCGAGCAGAUGGCAACUACUGGAUAGCACAUAUUCUGUAUCAGACGCUAGAUCGGAUGUGGUCUAUCUGAUACAAUUUUCUGAAUCAGCACCCCAAAUAGCCAAUCUAAAGUUGACUAAAAACUGAUUCGUAACCCUUUUGGUACUAAUGUUGGAGAGUGGUCCCUGGUCAAAAAAAGGUUGGGUACCACUGGUCUAGGGUUUUAAAAGUUAUAACCAGCAUUUUGAAUUGUGCCUGGUAACAGAUUGACACCAGUGGAGAUGCUGCAACGGGAGUUGUUUUCUCCCUGAAGCCAGCCCCAGUUAGCAACCUGGCUGCAGCUCUUUGAACCAGUUGAAGUUUCUGAGCACUCUUCAGAUGCAGCCCCAUGUAGAGCGCAUUAAGAGUAAUCCAGAUGGGAUGAAACUAAGGCAUGCACCACUGUGGCCAGAUUUGGCUUCUCAAGGAACGGGCACAGUUGGCACACAUUUUAAUUGUGCAAAGGCUUUCCUGGCCACCGCUGAAACCUGGGCCUCCAGGUUCAGUGCCGAGUCCAGGAGGGUCCCCAAACUGUGGACCUGUGUCUUCAAGGGGAGCGUGACCCAUCCAGCACAAGCUGAAUCUCCAUUCCCUGAUCUACCUUCCAACUGACCAGGAACACUUGUCUUGCCUGGAUUAAGUUUCAAUUUGUUUGCCCUCAUCCAGUCCAUUACUUAUGACAGGCAUUGGUUUGGGGUCAGAACAGCUUCCUUGGUAUGAGCUGGAAAGUUGGCCAUAGAAUCAUACUGGAGGAUGUACAGAUUCUUUGAGCUUUUAAAUCAAAUCAGUGAAUAAUUAACUCUUAAAAAGUCAAAACUGCAAAAAAAAAAAAAAACCCUCUGAAGGAAUGACCAUAGAAAAUAAAUGUACUGGAAGAGGGUAAACCAUUUUAGUUUUCCUGAAUCCAUUCUCAGAACACUAAAUGAGGCAAGGAGAGGAUAAAUGCAGGGUCUAAUAUACCACUGCACAUCUACUGUAGUGUCCAAAUCAAUACAUUUCUCAAGUCUUUAUAUAAGAGAAGUACAGACUGUGCAAUAACAUAAGAGUAGAUUAUAGCACAUUGGAACUACUCUUUAAAGUAAUUCUUAACUUUUUUUGCAACUUGUAUUAAAGCUUAGAAUUGCUAAACACUUAAAACUUUUCUGUGGAACCUGACCUUUAUAGAUGCCUUAUUUGCUAUGGUGUAUUUAAUUGUGUGUAGGGGGGUGGGAUAAAAUCUACUUUUUAGACCUUUCAGAAUUUCAGACAUAAAAGCAUGACUGGAUCUGAAUGUGUAGGAAGGCACAUCUAUGUACUGUGUACACAGUUGGGGAAAUGUUACGUAUGUGCUGUGCGUUCACAUUUUGUAGGGAGAUGCUAUAGUAAAUAUUAUAUUGUAUUUAACUUUCAACUUCAUGUUAAGAAUAAAAAUUUGUUUAACUAGUA